UUGUAAUGCAACGAUAAGCUCCAUGUCUCAUCAAACAACCGGAAAGUGCUGCUCACUACUUCUCUUCUCAUCUUUCCAAACUAUUCUCUGCUUCACUGAACUACGAUGGCCUGCAUACUAGAUUCAGGGAUUGAUCAACUCACAUUCGAUCUCAUUGUCCAGCUACAACUCCAAGACGCGGACCUUUACUUCGAGUCGUCAAAAGGAAAAUCGCGCGAUCCUACAGAUGAGGAACUGGCUUUCCAACUACAAAAUGAGGAAUGGGGUAAUAUCUCUCAGUAUUUGCAAGAUAGGCGGAUGGCCAUGAGUUUCGCAGCUGCCGUGCAAGCUGAUGGACAUGUUUUGGCCGAGACCCUGGUUGAGGAAGAGAACGCCUCAAAAGAUCGGACUAUUGCUCAUCAAUGGACCGAAGAUGGAUGUGUUAUGCCUUCGAAUGAGCUUGAUUUGGUGCCAGAGGCUUUGGACGACGAGACUCUAGCUAAACUUCAGAUUUUAUACGUUAAUAACAUGGAAGACUACAACACUAUAGGAGACUUGGACACGACAGACUGUGAAAACGAGUGUGCUGAAUCAUCUGCUCAGGCUAUCCGACGAGCUAGUCGCUCUCUACCGCGAGCCCGACGAUGUGUGGCUUGUAGGGAACCAACCGAUUUCGUCAACGUGGUCCGCGCUCCUUGUCGGCACGAGUAUUGUCGGUCCUGUUUAGCGGAUCUUUUCAAAGCUUCAAUGACAGACGAGUCACUAUUUCCUCCGCGAUGCUGCCGACAACCCAUAAAUUUGACCAUCGCUCGCAUAUUUUUGGAUUCUGCUUUAGUGGAUCAAUAUGAGAAAAAGAAGGUUGAAUAUGAAACCCCAAACAGAACGUACUGCUACUCUUCCAAUUGUGGUGCAUUCAUCAACAUGUCCUACAUUGACGGUGAAGCGGCCACUUGCCCUGAUUGCGGGCACACAACUUGUACGAACUGCAAAAGACGAGCACAUACGGGUGACUGUCCCGAUGACACCGCCUUGCAACAACUACUAGUAACGGCGCAGCAAAAUGGGUGGCAACGUUGCUUUUCCUGCUGGCGAAUGGUGGAAUUAGAUCACGGUUGCAAUCAUAUGACCUGUCGCUGCGGUGCUCAAUUCUGUUACAAUUGCGGAUCGGAGUGGAAGAAUUGUCAAUGUGAACAAUGGAACGAGCAUCAUCUCCUAGCACGUGCAUAUCAAAUAAUCGAUCGAGAAGCAGAUCAACCGGCCACUGUAGCCGUUCCGCAAGACAUCGAUGAGGCUAUUCUGGAGGACCAGCUCGUACCAGCGGCCUAUGAGCAGCCUCACUCGCCAACUCAGCAGACGCAACAUGAUGUCGCGAACUCGACAGAUGCGGAGCCGUUUGCAACCCCAGAAGCACUUCCGUCGCCAACUACACGGACAGCACGAGAUACUUUGAUCGCAAGAACCAUUCAGGAGCUCAGAGAUAACCACGAGUGCAGACACAGCAAAUGGAAAUACUUACGUGGACCUCAUCGAUGUGAAGAAUGCUCUCAUCACUUGCGCGAAUAUAUAUUUGAAUGUCGUCAAUGCCGAAUUCAAGCGUGCAAUCGGUGCAGAAGGAACAGACUUUGAUGGUAACCAUGGAAAAUGCUCAAGAUAUACGCCCUAGUUGAACCGCUUUUUAGCCUCAGAACUGGAUGAAAUGGAACAGGGCGGCCAGGGGGCACAGGCUGAUGACUCUUCAAACCAUUCACAUUUCUUUAACAACUCUGCCUUCAUACAACUAAAGCAAUCCUGCAGGAAAGAGAAGAACAAGCUUAAUCAUAGGAAUAUCACCUGCUUCGU